AUGAGUCAAGACAUAAUAGAAUUGAAAGCCUUUAAGGAAGAAGUAAAUUCCAACUUGCAAAACCAAGGAGCUGCCAUCCAGAAGCUAGAAAAUCAAAUUGUGUAUUUGUCUAAGCAAACCCCUGGACCAAGUGUUUCUCAUGGUGCCAAGGCUAUUGCAAGGGAAGAAUGUAAGGCCAUAACCCUCAGAAGUGGAACGACGCUAAAGGAGAUCUCAAAGGAAACCACAGAGGAUGAAGCAAAGGAAAAUGUGAGAGACAAGGAACAGGGACAAUCUUCUACACCUUCUGCACCAAAAGAAAAAGAAAAAGAGGUCCUGAAGCCUUAUACACCCAAAGCACCAUAUCCUCAACGUUUGAUGAAAAGAGAAAAAGAUGGCCAAUUCUCCAGAUUCUUGGAGAUUUUCAAGAAGCUUCAAAUCAACAUUCCGUUUGCUGAGGCAAUAGAGCAAAUGCCACUCUAG